AACUACGACACGCUGAUACUCUGAUAGUGAUAAUCGACGAAAGGGGCAUUUAAAACUCGGUACAUUUUUCAUAUUUUUAUUCUUUGAUAUUUACGUUGUAUCAUCUUAUUGAAAAUGGACUGCUCGUUGUUGGUAAGUUUGUUUUCAGUAUUGUUCAGCCGGUUCUGAUAGAUUUUAUGAAAAUAUUCAUUUACUACUCAAUAUUAAAUAUUGCAAUGAAACGUUUUACAUAGGAACCGACGUUGUACACUGUCAAAGGUAUGGCCAUUUUGGACAAUGAUGGAAACCGUAUACUGGCCAAAUACUAUGACGACAAUAUAUUUCCCACGAUAAAAGAACAAAAAUCCUUUGAGAAAAAUCUAUUCAAUCGCACACACAGGGCAAACGCUGAAAUCAUCAUGUUGGACGGAAUAACGUGUCUGUACAAGAGCAAUGUGGACUUGUUUUUUUAUGUCAUGGGUAGUUCACAUGAGAAUGAAGUAUUUGGCCUCUAUUAUAAGCACAUACAAUGUAUUCAUACACAUUUAUUGUAUUUAUGUUUUAGUUACUGUUGAUGAGUGUUUUGCAAUGCAUGUACGAUUCAAUUAGUCAAAUACUUAGGAAAAAUGUUGAAAAGCGUGUAGUGCUUGACAACUUGGAUGUUGUAAUGUUGGCAUUGGAUGAAAUAUGCGAUAAUGGGUAAAGUAACAUAUUUUUAAUUUUUGAAAUACUAUUGUAGUUGACACAUCAGCAUAAUUAGAACUUUAAUUUUGAAAAGCAUCAUUCUGGAAGCUGAUUCUGGAGCUGUUGUACAAAGGGUUGCAUUACGAACUGAUGAUAUACCAAUUGGAGAACAAACAGUUGCUCAGGUGAGUUUUUUUUUUAAAUAACAAAACAAUCAUGAAGUUUUAUUUAUUUUUUUUUUUCUUAGGUUUUCCAAUCAGCAAAGGAACAGUUGAAAUGGUCAUUAUUAAAAUAGCGUUUAAUUUGUCCAAAUCUCUCGACUUUGAGAGAUUAACAUAAUGUACAAUAAAAAUAUUAUACAUUUAAACCAUAUUUCCAUUAUUUAUCCAUUUAUUGUUUACAUAAUAAUAUUAUAAUAUAUAUAACUUUAAUUUAUUCAUUAAAUUUAUAGAUGAGCUUGUGAAAAUUUUAGUUUUUUUUCUAACCAAUUGGCAAACUGUAACAAUCGUAUGUCAUCAAAAUUUGAAGCCAUUAUUUGUAUGCCGAUAGGCAUCUUAUCACUUGACAAUUUUACUGGUAUAGUUAUAGCAGGACAACCUAGAACAUAUUUUUUUUUAAUAAUAUAAGAAUUAUUAAUAAACAAUAGUUUAAUAGUGUUUAAACCAAUGAUGGAUAAUGAUUAUUUAUCAAUUAAAAAUGGAUAGUUAUAAUAUACACUGUUUAAAAAAUUUAUUUAAAU